AAGAAGAGGUUGCGUCUACAACAACUGGACGCGACGUUUCGACCCUCUCGUCGUCACUGGGGAAAGAGGGUCGUGUGAGAGAGUAUGAAACGAGUAAAAGGAGGAGGAGAGUGGAGGAGAUCGCGACCGUUACGGUUGAGGCUGGUUCAGAAGAGGGAGGGAGAAGUAGGAAGCGGCGUAAAGUGGCGGAGGAGCGUCCAGUCGAUGGACAGCGACAAGAGCAACACGAGGAGAGCAUGAUCGAUCACAUCGAUGACAGGACAGAGUUGGUGGGUGAAAUCGGGAUGACGGGGUUGGUGGUUUGCUUGAUGGUCCGGUUAUGUCAGAGCCGCCUCGACACGAUGUGGCAUGGAGAGUGUGUAGAAAAGGAAGGGGAAGAGGAGGAGCGUGAAGAGGUUAUCUUGGCCAAGCGAUACGUCUCUGGCGAGAAGGCCAUUCUCGCAAGUUGUUUGGAAUCGUGGAGAGAGGUCGGUGAGGAGUACGUCCUUCGCAGCGUGAAAAACGGGCACAAAUUAAACACUUACGACAG